GGCAACAACAGCAUAGAGGAUACAUUUCCUCAUUGGUUGGAAUCUCUACCAGAGCUUCAAGUGCUUGUCUUAAGGUCCAACAAGUUCCACGGUUUUGUGCAGAGCACCAAAGAAAGUCCAUCUUUUCCCAAGUUGCGAGUUUUGGACCUCUCCAGCAAUUAUUUUGUUGGUGCUUUGCCUGUUCGGUACAUUGAAAAUUUUAAUGCGAUGAUGGACCCUCAUAAAGAUGGUGGUUCCCCUAAAUACAUGAUGGUGUCGACAGGAGCCGAUUCUUAUCAGUAUUCACUAGUUGUGACAUGGAAGGGAUUCGACUAUGAGCUGCAGGGAAUUUUGACCGUAUUCAGUAGUAUUCAUCUCUCAAAUAACAAGUUUGAGGGAGAAAUUCCAGAUGUUAUUGGAAAGCUUAGUUCUCUCAAAGGGCUUAAUCUUUCUCAUAACAACCUUACUGGUCAGAUCCCACCGUCACUAGGGAAUUUAACGAAUCUGGAAUGGUUGGAUCUCUCUUCCAACGAGCUGGUGGGGAAAAUUCCUGAUGAAUUGGUAUCUUUGACACAACUCUCUGUAUUGAAUCUUUCAAAUAAUCAUCUUGUCGGACGCAUACCACAGGGCAAUCAGUUCAACACCUUUGGAAAUGGUUCUUAUGAAGGAAACCUUGAACUGUGUGGAAUCCCAUUGUCAAAAUCUUGUGGUGGAAUUGGGACACCGCCGAGCUCCUUCCAAGAAAAAGAUGAGUUGUGGAGAUUUGAAUGGAGAGUUGUGGUGUUAGGCUAUGGAUGUGGAGUUGUUUUUGGUCUGCUGAUGGGAUAUCUUGUCUUCCGAACAGGAAAACCAAAAUGGUUUGUGUCUUUGUUUGAUGGCCGACCAAGUCAAAGCGGAAGGAAGAUGAGGAAAGCCAGAAGACUUGUUCAAAGAAGAAGCUAGUUGCAGAGUUGAUGUUUUGGAGCUUCUGAUUUAAUGUUUCCUGAAUAAGUGCUUUUCGAUGAUGCUGGUUUCUACUGUGUUUAUAUGGUUCAUAUUAACUUAUAGAAGAACAGAUUUUUUUUUUUUUUUUGAAUAUCACCAAGCCGUCAAGAAACUUUGAUCUCAUUGGUGAUUCGAUGCUAAAUUGUGUCAGGUUUGUGAGCUGAAUCGUUGGUUAGUGUUCUUUCCCUGUUAUCCACAAGCUGCUGCAUCUUUAUGGUGUUAAGAUACUGCUUUAUUUCAUUAUUUUUUGCACUUUUAAGAUUUCUGACCUAGUUCCCUGUAUUUGUCUCAGAGCCAUUUUAUGGUACAAUUUGCUUAUACAAUAGGGAGAGAAGAGAAAAAUUGUCAGAAGAUUUCUAUUUUAGCAUUCUACCAACUGAAAUGCAGGAUACUAAUAAAGUAUCUUCAAAACCUCGUGUACUUUUCUAUUUAGAUGCUCUGUCAGCAUCUAUGUGUCUACUAAUCCAAUUAGAGAAGCCUGCAACAGAAGAAGGGGGAGUGACUCCUUCUGUUUAUUCAUGUAAAGAACCUGUAUGUAUGAAGAACUUAUAUGUUUCCAUCUUGUUCAUCUUCAAUCUGACCUCUGAUUAAAUGUGACAAAAUUUAUCUUUUGUUGGCUUGCUUGUUACCUGGCAGCAAGAUUUUGACCUGUUGGCUUGGUUGUUAUCUCGCGGCAAGAAUUUUAACUAUCGCCCCCUCAUCAUCUGUCUUUCAAUUGGUUUUUACUGUAGUUCUUACUGUGGAAAAUAAUGGCUCUGCAUCUGC